UUCAAGUUCGAGGGGGGGCAAACCGAGCCGUACGAUUUGUCUCACACAGAUUGUGACCAAAGGCUCAGUCCUAAUCUCCAUCGUCAUCCCCAACUGUCUCUCCUCUUGCAUGAGCACAAGUCAUCAUGGCAACUAAAAUAGUUAUUCAGCAGCCUAAGCCACUUGUUCUGGCUCCUGGUUCAGACCAAUGGUCCACUGACAUCUGUGAAUGUGACAACCUCAAUGACUGUUGCUUUGCAUUCUGGUGCUGCCCAUGUUUCGCCUGCAUCACAGCCAGAGAUCACGGAGAGUGUCUCUGUCUGCCUCUGCUGGACAGUUUCGGCCUCAUCCCACCUAUCACUAUGGCAAUGAGAGUGUCUGUCCGCCGCACCUAUGGAAUUGAGGACUCUAUUUGCAAUGAUUGUGUGUUAUCCUUCUGCUGCGGGCCGUGCUCCUACUGUCAGAUAAGACGUGAGCUGAUAUCUCGCAACCACCCCGUCACGCUCUUCCGCAACCGAGCAAAAUAA